AUGCAGCGGCAGGAGCCGACAGACGAGCAAUGGUGCGCGAUCGAGUGUCUGUUGCAACUACUCCAGCCGUUUGAGAACGUUGCACUGGCCAUCGGAAAGGAGAAGUACGCAGCUUCAUCGCUUACGUUUCCACUGCUGAAGUUCCUGAAGCGCGAUCUGGAGAAAGUGACUAACUUUCAGCGGGUUUUUGCGAAGUAUUCAAGCACUCAAGUCCAGGCGCAGAGCAUCGCGAUGCACCUAGAGGUCGUGCGGAACUUCCUGUACACCGAGUUCAAGGCGCACUUCACGCGGGCAUGUGGGGAGCUGAUGUGGGUCUCGCAGUUGGACCCGCGCUUCGUGCGCAUGAAGUAUCUGAGCGACGAGGAGCGCGAAGCGGCGCUGCGCCUGCGCGUGGUGGAUGAGGUGAAGGCGUACUACGCCGCAGUGGCCGCCGCCAAGGUGACGGCCAUGCGCGACCCGCUCAAGUGGUGGCGGGACAACACGGCGGCGUUCCCACUGCUUGUGCCGCUGGCGCGCCAGUGGCUCAGCUCCGUGGGCUCCGUGCGGCCCUCGGACGUGGUGCAGAUCGGCGCCGGCACGCACGGCGACCUCACCACCACGUCCACGACGCAGGGCGUGCAGGUGAACGCCAGUACGGGCGCCGCGCUGCCCUACGGCACCCACGCAGUGCACUCGGAGCCCGAGCUCGUGCGCGACAUCAUGAUCGUGCACGACAACUGCUGA